AUGUCAACUACAACACCUAAGAGAACAGCAAAUGUAAUAUUUGCAGAAGCAGAAGACAUAUCACCCAAGGGAGCAGAAGAUGUGGCACCCAAAGAAGCAGAAAAUGUGAUACCUAAAGAAGCAGAAAACAUGGUAUCCAAAGAAGCAGAAGACACUGUACCCAAGAAAGCAGAAGUUAUAACACCCGAGGGAGCAGCUAAU